AUGUCUACACAAUUCAAGAAGGCUAAUCAUAGCAAGCAACCGCACAGCAAUUCCAAGAAGCUAGAUCCACAACUUAAGUUCAAAUUGGACACUCUUACAGAGCUUUUUCCAGACUGGACAAAUGACGACCUUAUUGAUUUGGUACAGGAGUACGAUGAUCUCGAAACCAUCAUAGACAAGAUCACAUCUGGUGCAGCCACAAAAUGGGAUGAGGUCAAGAAACCGUCUAAGAAGGAAAGACAGCAACAACAGCAACAACAGCAACAACAACAGCAGCAGCAGCAGCAGCAGCAGCAACAACAACAACAACAACAACAACACAACACAAAUGCGGCCACAAACUCGGACGGCACAAGUGGCACAACUCAUAAUUCGCAUAACAACAACAAUUUCAGCACUCAUAAUCACACUGGCCAGCAUUCAGGGGCUUCUGGCGACGCUGCUGAUCACUCGCAUUCCAAGUAUUCGAAACAUAACAGAGAAUCUGGCUCCAGGCACCACAGCAAGAAAAACGUGGGCAGAGAACGUGGCGGCGCCAAAGCCGUGACAGCAAGCUCAGCAGCUUCAAUUUCCGCAUCAGCCGUUCAACCGGAGCAUCUCAAGCCGGCUGUUUCUGCUGCCAAAAUCGCGUCGUCGUCCACAUCUUGGGCUGCAAUGGCUGGCGACAAGAAAGCUGCAAAGCAACAAAAUGCCAACGUUUCACACACGGCUGUCUCUAACAAGACUCAGUCGGAAAACUCGGAGUCUCCAAAGACUGCUCCAGGGUUACCAGAAGGCACUCAAGAAUCGCAACAGCAAGAGUUGCUAAAUCACGAAGAAAGCAACGAUCAGGAUGCUACGGCUGCCGCCGUCGCUGCUAGCAGUGUUCCAAUAGAGGAUCUUGAAAAGCCCAAGAAAAUGACUUGGGCUGCCAUUGCCACUCCUAAACCUAAACCUGGUGCUUUGAAGAAACGCGAACCAUUGGAGGAGCUUGAAGAUUUGAAGAAAGAAGCUGCCCAAAUAUCGUCAGACGUCCCCAGUGAAGAACCACAAGUAGUGGCUCCCGUUGCCGAGGAGCCAGCUCAAGAACCAAUCACAGAAACGGAAGAGCCAUCAGAGCCUGUUCCUGAAGCUCAAGAGGUAUUCGAACAACCUCAGCAACCCCAGGAGCAAGAAGAGAUAACAAACAGUACUGAAACCGACAAGGCACCAGAGGCCGAAGUUUCUGAAGAAGCCCCAGGUGUUCCAGUUAAGCCAGAGACCACAUCUUACCCUUCACAGGAACAACAGCAACAGCAACAGGAAACACCCGCUACUUACGGAGGUGAAGCUUCUGUUCGUGCUCCUUCUUCGUCCGAACAGACAUUCUACCAACCACAGUCGCAACAGCAAUACACAUCUCAGACUCCUCAACAAACUCCUCAACCUUUGCAGCAACAAAAUGCUGCUGCCGCCGCUGCUGCCGCUCAACAGCAGUACUACAUGUACCAGAACCAAUUCCCAGGUUACUCCUACCCCGGUAUGUUCGAUAAUCAAAGUUAUCCUGCGGGCUACGGUCAACAAUAUGUGCCACAAAGUCAAGGCGCCUCUCAAUCUCAACCAUCAUCUGGUCAGCAAACGCAGUCACAGACCCAUGCGGGACAGUAUGGCAUUCCACCUACAUACAGCGGUGCCAGCAGAGAUAUGGCUGCAGCUUCUCCAAUUGCUGCUCAAGUUCAAUUGCAACAGCAACAGCAGCAACAACAACAACAACAACAACAACAACCCUAUGGAGGCUCAUUCAUGCCAUACUACCACUUUUACCAGCAGUCGUUCCCUUACGGACAACCUCAAUAUGGCAUGGCCGGUCAGUACCCUUACCAGGUUCCAAAAGCUUACGGCAACUACAUGAGCCAAUACCAGCCUCAGCAGCCAGGAGAGACAUCUUCUUCGCAAUCUCAGCAAGGCGAAGAAGCUCAGCAGGGCUCGCAACAGGGUCAGGCAGCAGGAGCUUCUCAAGGACAAGCUCAAAGCUCCGGAAGCCAAGGUCAAGCACAUGUAAGUGCUCAGCAACAGGCUCAGCUACAGCAAUACUACCAGUUCCAGCAACAGCAACAGCAACAGCAGGCAGCUGCCGCUGCUGCCGCUGCCCAACAAGGUGUUCCUUACGGCUACUCAGGCUACGAUUUCUCUUCGCAAGCCACCAGAGGUUUCUACUGA